ACUAGAUUGUGUCACCACUGAAUGAAAAGUGAGAUUGAACAUUUGUUUCACGACGAGGUCCCAUUGAAGGGAGAUGAAGCCCCACACUCAGGCUUCCUUUGCCACUGGACCGCCGCACGUGACUUACUAUCGCCGCGCCGCUGGCUCACGUGCUGCGCCGUGGGAGACACUUCAUCUGCCGCCACAUGACGCCGGCGACCACGAAUUCCGGCGCUUUUUUACAGCGAAACGCCGCCGCGUCAACUUAUCCGCCCGCCGCUCGAUUCGCCUUAUCGCGGUAUCAAAAUCCGAAGACUCCGACGUGAGGGAAAACUCGGUUGAACGCGUGGAGCCAACGCGGCGAGGCGUGUUGCUCGCACCGCUUCUGGCCAUGGGCGCGUCUGUUCUGCUGUCCGCGGCGGGGACAAGAGCGGAGGAGAAGGAGGCUGAGACGCCUUCGACGGCGGCGGCGAAUUUGACGGCUUUGAAGCCGGAGGAGCAGAAGAAGAAGGAGGAGGAAGUGAUAACGUCGAGGAUUUACGACGCGACGGCGAUAGGGGAACCGUUGGCGAUAGGGAAGGAGAAAGGGAAAGUGUGGGAGAAGCUGAUGAAUGCUCGAGUGGUUUAUUUGGGGGAAGCUGAGCAGGUUCCAGUUCGAGAUGAUAAGGAAUUGGAGCUUGAGAUUGUGAAGAAUUUGCACAUGCGGUGUGUGGAGAAGGAGAAGCGAUUGUCUUUGGCUCUUGAAUCAUUUCCCUCUAAUCUUCAGGAACAACUCAAUCAGUAUAUGGAUAAAAAGAUAGAUGGAGAAACCUUAAAGUCUUAUACAUCGCAUUGGCCCCCUCAACGAUGGCAGGAGUAUGAACCUAUUCUCAGUUACUGUCGCGAAAAUGGAAUUCAUCUUGUUGCUUGUGGUACUCCACUGAUGAUCUUAAGGACUGUCCAAGCAGAAGGAAUUCGAGCGCUUUCAAAGGCUGAUCGUAAAGUUUAUGCCCCUCCAGCUGGUUCAGGCUUCAUAUCAGGCUUUACUUCUACGUCAAGAAGAUCAUUAGUUGAUAGUACUUCAAAUCUGUCUAUUCCUUUUGGUCCUAGCUCAUAUCUAUCUGCACAGGCUAGAGUAGUUGAGGAGUAUACUAUGUCCCAGAUCAUCUUAAAAAAUGUGCUUGAUGGAGGAGCCGCCGGUAUGUUAAUAGUUGUGACGGGUGCAAGCCAUGUUACAUAUGGAUCUAGAGGAACUGGAGUGCCAGCAAGAAUUUCAGGAAAAAUACAAAAGAAAAACCAAAUAGUUAUAUUACUUGACCCUGAAAGACAAUUCAUUCGCAAAGAGGGAGAAGUUCCAGUUGCUGAUUUUUUGUGGUAUUCUGCUGCCAGACCUUGUAGUAGAAAUUGCUUUGACCGUGCUGAGAUUGCUCGGGUUAUGAAUGCUGCUGGGCGGAGGCGAGAUGCCCUCCCACAGGAUCUUCAAAAGGGAAUUGAUCUUGGUUUAGUAUCACCUGAGGUAUUACAGAACUUCUUUGAUCUGGAGCAGUAUCCUCUGAUUUCAGAACUCACCCACCGAUUCCAGGGUUUCAGGGAAAGAUUGCUGGCAGAUCCCAAAUUCUUGCAUAGAUUAGCCAUAGAAGAAGCAAUAUCAGUAACAACUACACUAUUUGCACAGUAUGAAAAGCGGAAAGAAAUUUUUUUUCAAGAGCUUGACUAUGUUAUUACGGACACUGUCAGAGGAUCAGUUGUUGAUUUCUUUACAGUGUGGCUUCCUGCACCAACUUUAUCAUUCCUUUCGUAUGCCAAUGAGAUGAAUGCGCCUGACAACAUUGAUUCUAUAAUAGGUCUUCUUGGCUCCAUUCCAGACAAUGCAUUUCAAAAGAAUCCAGUAGGGACAAACUGGAAUCUCAAUCAUAGAGUUGCAUCGGUUGUAUUUGGUGGUCUAAAACUUGCUAGUGUUGGAUUUAUUUCAAGCAUAGGAACUGUGGCUUCAUCGAAUUCUCUAUAUGCAAUUCGUAAACUCGUUAAUCCAGCAGUUGGUACUAAUCAACGGAUUCUAAGGUCACCAAUACUCAAAACAGCAAUUGUUUAUGCAUGCUUUCUUGGAAUAUCUGCAAAUCUCCGUUAUCAGAUAAUUGCUGGGAUAGUGGAGCAUCGGAUUUCUGACCAGUUUUCUUCCCAAACAUUUCUUGUAAAUAUGCUAUCUUUUGUAACACGGACAAUCAAUUCUUAUUGGGGAACCCAGCAAUGGAUUGACCUUGCACGCUUUACCGGACUGCAAGUUAGAAAGACAGAGUCACCUACAUCAGAUUCUCCGAAUCAAGCUGCAAUUUUAUGCAACAAAACAGAAGAAACCGGCAUUGAUGAGAUAAAAAAAUAAAUGAGGUGAAAAUACCCUUGCGACAUUUUCUUAGUAAGUUGUAUCAUUCUUGGAAAGCUGGUAAAAUGGGCACAAAGGAAUGGCUUUUUUUUUCCCAUGAUAAUGAUCCCAGUUUACAAUUCCUUCUACAGCUAAAUUGUAUAAUUUUUUGUAUGAUCCCAGUUUGGUGAAUGUUAUAGGUUUUUUUCUUUUUAAUGUAAGAGGAAUAAAUAUAGAGGUGUCUCAAAGUGAAACCAAUAUAAGUCAAUGACUACUCUUGGUUAAAGGGAUAUCUCUUGGUAACCUUCUUUUUUUAAAAUGGGAUAAAGAAAAUCAUGAGCUCUUGUAUUGGACCAUCUGAUAUUGAGUUUGGCGUUUAAACAUGUAUUUAUAGGAUUAUAAGGGUGGACAAUGGAUUAACCAU